AUGUAUAGUGAUAUCCAGCCAAUGGACACUGCUCCGGUGACAGAAAUGACUUUCUCCGGCGCCGAAACUGGGCUCGAAGAGCCACUCGAUUGUGGUUAUUACCUGAGGAAUGGAUUCUGCGGCUAUGGCGCUCGUUGUCGGUUCAAUCAUCCUCGCAACCGUAGUUUGUACUAUAUGAUGACGGGAAUGUGUAAAUUUGGUGCUUUCUGCAAAUAUCACCAUCCAAAUCAAGGAGAGGGAUAUCCAAGCCUGGGGAACCUUUUCCUUUACCAGCGGCUAUUCCCCACCAUCCACUUAUCCAGCACUGCAUUCUCCUUUUGUUCAUUCAACCGAACAAUAUGGAAUGGUUCCUAUCUACCUAGCACAUAUGGUCCUAUGCAUUUUCCUCCUGAAAUGGUUUCCAUGUUGGAUUGGAUUCCUUGUCUGGCUUCGGCUAGUCUAGUGGCCUCUCAAUCUACUCAGUCUGCUGGUGGAGCAGGUCCAGUUUAUGGACCUAUGAUAGUCUGCAACUAUCUGCUUCAGCACUUGCCUACACGGGACCGUGGUGCACCAAUUUGCUGUCACUACUCACAAGUAGGAGUGUGCAAAUUUGGACCUUCGUGCAAGUUUGAUCAUCCACUUGGAAUAAGUUACAGUCCCUCGGCAUCUUCUCUCACUGAUAUGCCUGUUGCGCCAUACCCUGGUGGAUCUUCUGUUGGUACUUUGGCUCCAUCUUCCUCUUCCUCAGACUUGAGGCCUGAACUUGUUUCUGGAUCCAGCAAGGAAGUCUUCUCUACCCAAGCAUCUUCUAUGAGAGCUGCGAGCGGUCCAGUUGGUUCAAUGUUCUCAAAAGUUUUAUAUGAAGACGAGGAUAUGUAAAUUUGGUGUUUCCUGCAAAUAUCACCAUCCAAGACAUGGAGAGGGAUCUCUAAGCCUAGUGACACAUGACAUUCAUGGUUACACCAUGCGACUGGUCUGCUUAUUUUCAUGUUCAUUAUAUUCCUUCUGUCUCCUUGUAUUGCUAUCUCCAUUCUUUUAUGUUUUCGUUUCUUUUCCGUGUCUUCUAUAAAAUGUUGUACCAUUAAAUUAUUUUUCUGGUUUGACUCGUUGAGUUCGUUUCACAGAAUGAAAGGAAAUGUUCUAAC